AGAAAACAGAACUCUGGGCGUUCGAGUAUGAUAUUGAUACUCUCGACAAUCUCUCAUAGAACUCUACCAUUAUUACUGGGACCUUCAAGGGCGAGAAUCUGUUGCGCGGCGCGAGUAAGUUCGCUCGCUCGCGCGGAAAGAGUCAGGAUGGAACCGUUGGAGAUGCCGGCCUUUUAUUGUGUGUGGGUUGAGCUUCUCCCCCCCCCCCCACAUGUGUUCUAAAGGGUGAUCUAAUGCAUCGCUCGUAAAGUUACCUGCUCCGUUCAACGGUACGCCCCACGUAUUUCUAUAUAGGCUCAACACCAGAUCCCCGACGUCGCCUCGCGCAACAUAAUGGUGAGACGAAGGGUGGAGCGGAAAGGACUAGUAGAGCCGACUUGAGGCCUUGGGAAAUGACCUGUAUAGUGUCUGGGUUUACAUCUGCUGUGGCAGCUCUUCAAUUUGAGUAAUUCCCCUGCCUCCCCUCGCCCCCGAGUAAUCACUAAUAGUGAUGAAAAAAAAAAAAAGAAUGGGCCUGGCAACACCCAGACAAAACCUCGAAAAUCAAUGAAUCCCAGCGCAUCAGCAAAUCCAUCCGCAAAACGAGCAACUCGGGCAGAACAAAAAUCUUCACCCCACGCAUGGGUAUGAAAGUAUUCCUGGAGAACCUGAACCUCCUCCUACGCGUGCCGGCGUUCAUGCGGUGGCCGUUGUCUGUACGGUUCUUCGCCGAGGACCUGUACGUGGCGUGGGGGGCGCACUGCAGCACAAAAUACGGUCCGUUAAAAGCUAUUGAGGUUACGUUAGACCUGCGAAAGAGUGAGCACUCGAGGAGUCCGUCCCCGCCGGCCCGUUGGACGGGGAGUAAGACGAAGCAGUUCCCGCCGACAGGGGAAGGUGGCCUUCAGGGGCUCGACAUAACCAACCACCAUCUCGACCGGCACAUGCAGAAAGCCAGGGAUCUACUGCGUGACGAAGAUAUAAGGUGUGGGGUUUGUGCCAGGGGAUUUGCACAGGGUGGAGUGGAGGCCGUAGUCUGCCCGCAUGCGUUUUGCAAUCAUAUUGCUCACGUGAAGUGCCUUUCCCAGGUCUUUCUACAGACCGACACUAAGUAUGCGGUGUUACCAACGGAGGGUGUGUGUCCCGAGUGUAAAAGGUCUACGAAGUGGGUGGAUCUGGUCAGGGAGCUCUCGUCGAGGACUAGGCGGAGACCUAAAGCGGCUGGAAGGAAGAUUGUUAGUGCUGUUGGGAUGGUUGAACAAGAGGAUGAGGAGGAGGAGGAGGAUGGUGAGGAGGAGGCGGAGGUGGGGAUUAUGCCAAGUGACAAUGAGCUUGGCUCAUAUGAUAUAGUGGCCCACAUGAGCGAUAGCGACUUCCUAUCCGUUACCGACUCAGACUCCGAAGUUAGCCCUCGUUCGAGGGGCAGCGCCGGAAAAUCCAAGAAAAAGAGACCCGGCAAUAAAAUUAAGGGAAAGGCGCAGAUGCCCUAAAUAAAGGCGAAAGAGCGAAAUAUCGAUCAAACCUCAGGUUGCGCUUGGAAGCUAGACUUGAGAUACCCUUUUUGUUUGUUUUUUUCCGCCUGUAUUGGUAGUCGUUGGUGUAAUGAUCGAUUCGUCAUGUUUCUCUUGAAUACAAGCAUCGCCGCAAAUACUGGUUUAUUUCGACAAAUGCAGGUGAUCGAUAGUGUGCUCGGCACUGGACCAGUCUUUUCAGCCCAUCGAGGCGUGGGUGCUGAUUGUGGAUAGUAGUCUACCUAGCGACACAGAAAGUCAGAAACGAGAAGUCAUUUUUGUCGGACGGAAUUUUAUUAGAACGCGAAGAAGAUAUAUGUUAUGAAGUUGUCUGUCUGGCUAAAACGGGGUUUGGGAAUAGUAAACCGAUUACAGGUACUGUCAUAGGGCCUUCCAUAUCCCCAGGACAUUGCUGCGCUCUACGUUUGUUCGAGGCCCAGCAC